GCAAUGGAAUGAAAACACAUUGCCACAGUCAUACGCAUCAAAGCUGCGUUGAAAGUCCCCGACUCUCGCUGACCGAGCUUCCAAGCGGUGCGCACAUAUUGGAUUUACAAAGGAUCUCCACAAGCAAUCGGUGGCAGCACCAGCUUCUGUGGCUCAAGCUUGUUACGGACUCCCUUGAAGAAACCCCUUUCCGGAGCAGCUUGAGCGGCUGUGCUUUGGGGAAAGCGGCCUGGCAGUACGGAACGUCACUGUCACGAACGGCGAUGGGCUGCUGCCCGGAAGGACUCAUCGACUGGGACGGCGUCUACCAGACCGUCCAGCCGCACGCGACCUUCGCCGCCGGAGUGCUCUUCGGCGUGGCGUGGUGGGUAUGGGCAGAUGCGCUGCUCUAUUCCAUUGCGGUGGGGGGCGCGUCCUUUUCGCCGGUGACGCUGGUGCCGGGGCUGGUCGCCACGGCCGCCGUGGUGCUGAUGAACUUCGUCAGCCGCGAGGAGGUGAUGGCAGACUACCUGGAUGAGGCCGCCACGAUGCGUGCGAAGCUGCUGCUGAUGGUGUCGUACCUGGUGUCGCUGGGCGCCAUUGGGGCGGCGGUGGGGCUGCUGGUGCACGACCACACCAAGGGCGGCAAGGACCUAUGGGUGGGCGCGAGCGGCGUGCUUCAGAGCUGCCUGGUGGUGGCCAGCGGGCUCUCAUGCUGGUUCUUCCACAGCGCAUCCGACUCACCAGGGAUGGGUUACGGGUAUAUAUGAGCGACGGUUGGGGGCCUGGCGCACCCGCGUCAUGGCAAAGUUGAGUACAUGCAUGUUUGGUCGUGUUGUUUUGGUGCGCUGAGGUUAUUGUUGACGUGCCCCAAAGGGAGGAGGAUGGCACCCUACGCCAAGUGCGUCCUGGAAUCCACAGGCAGGCCGCUCCGUCAAGGACUUUGUAGUGUGGAGUUGAUGCUAGCGCGAGCUGAUGCCACUGGCGGCGUCGCAGUGUAUGGAGCUGCUGUACAGUACUAUCAUGUUGGCGCGGGUUGCGCAGAGUUGGAAGUCAGCAAUAAAGGUGCUCGCUUUUGACGGCAGUGCUUACGAAGUAGCGGUCCGCACGUGGUCCGCAUUGGCUAGGCAUGGAACCAAAGUGCACUCCGGCACACACCCCAGGUGUGGAGGUUGCCGCUUGGGUAGCGGUGGAUACCAUGGAUUCCGUGGAUGCGGUAGAAUCCAAUAACGAUCGCCGAUCGGUACUGAGGCAGAUCACUGGAUAGGGAUUGAGGCUGGCUGAGUACUCGGCACCAUUAUUAUUAGGCUUGGCCUGCAGGAGUUUUGCGCUGCUUGGUUGCAUCCCGGCAGUAGUGCGGCCUUGGGCGGUGGGCGUGUAUGGAGUAGAUCACGAAUGCAGUUACAAUAGGCGCCUUGACGCCCGCAGGUUGGAGGUGCUAAGGACUAGGAAGCAGCUUCUGACAACAGAUGCAAUUAUGCUGGCUCGCGUCGCUAUGGCCUGGCCAAUGCAAGCCCACACCAAUCAGGGCAAGAUGUCCCCGCGCGGAGCUGUAAGCCGGUUGGAUGGUCGGUCAGUCGCCCCAUUGGCGAGGGUGCUAUAUAACAGGGGUUCCCCUGCUGAAGAUGAGGGGACCCUGAUAAACUCCUGGUAGCAACUGUACGAUAUGAACUGUAUGGUCUAUGGAUAUGCAUUGCACGCAAAAAGAAUGCGAGGAUCGCAAGCACGCCUCUCUGACUCUCCAGGACUACUCUCUAAGUAAGAAACAUGAGUGGUCAGGGCCACAGCACACUGCAGCAUCACACGACUGCCGUGCCUCUCUGGUAUCAGCCUAUCAUGCUUUUCUUUGUUGUAGCGGGUCAUCAAAUGUGCCGCAGUCAAGAAGGAUUUCCAUCAAACCGAGUUGGCCAUUCGUUGCCGCGUGCCCAUCAGGCCUUGCCCUCCCCCAGCGCGCCGCCUUCCAGCUUGUCCACACCAACGGUGCAGUGGACGGAGGGGUCCUUGCUGCCAAC